UCUGACGGCGACCACGAAGAAUCUACACCAGGUCAGAGUCUCGGAACGCCUCCAAUACGGAUCCCAGUAUCCUGUGAAUACUAUCUGUGUGACGGCUCGCGCGGGUCUGGAAUGGUCUCCAAGACGUCUGUCGGUCCGCGUUUCUUUUUUCUGCUCGCUACUAGCCUCCUCCAUCUUCCCUCUCACAUCCUCGUCUCUCGCGCAACGCGCACCCAGCCUUCCAACUCCGGCCACAUUCUUCCUCCGUCUGAGUGCGUCGUUGCUGACUUCUCUUUCCAGGUUGCUCGGUGCACGCCGCAGUACAGCGAGUUGAUCUCGACCGUCGUUUGUCUGACGCGUCCGCCAGCUCCCGUGUCCGUUCUCCACGUCUCGUCUAGUCAAACCCGUCCGCCCUGCUCGUGUCCCCGAUACGUACGUCACGUCCUCAUCUUGACAUCGUGCUUACGCCACUCAACCCUCUCCAGCGCCGCCAGCUCAGGAGGCCAUUCUGCGGGUUGCAGAGCAGUCAACCAACGCGCACAUACCGAGCUGGAAAGCGUGAAAUGCGUAUCGUAGGCUAUGCGUUCACGAACACUAGUCGUACAGCAGCUCACGGGUGCUAGACGCGACUGUGGUCCGCAUCGACGUGGGCGGCGCGUAGAGGCGGCGACAUUGGGAGAGCGAGAGAGCGAGAGAGGUGAGCGGCCCAUGGGCGAUAGAGGAAUCGUUAGGUGCAAUACAAAGUAUGUAGGAGUCGCGACGGGCUGCAGCCAGCUAAUACAGAGCCACGCGUGUCCUCACGCCAUCCGUCCGUGCGCGCCCGUCCUCGCGCUGCUGGCAUGCCGAUACAUAGAGCCCGUCCCGAGUGGUCGUCCGCUGGUCGAGUCGUCGCUGCUGUGUGGGAGGUCGAGGCAGCGGCCAGGGACUUGAACCAGUGUGAAGGAAGGUGGUCAGACGUCA